UAACUCUCCAGGACUCAUGUCUGUCUGACACAACGGAACACUGGGAUUUUAUUUAGAUUGUUCUGAAAUAUCAGGGUGUUAAACCAACCAAUAUAAGACAAAAAAACAAGUGACACCGUGUGAGAAAAUGGCUUCUAGUUCGUCUCUCCCAGAGGAGGAUUUCUCCUGUACGGUGUGCCUUGACAUCUUUAAGGAUCCUGUCAUCUUGUCAUGCAGCCACAGCUUCUGCCAAGCCUGUCUAAAGGAAUGCUGGAAAGACAAGGAAUCUCGGGAAUGUCCAUUUUGCAGGAGAAGAUCGUCUAAGGAUCAUCCCCAUUCAAACCUCUCUCUAAAGAACCUGUGUGAGGCCUUACGGGAAAGGACACAGACAGAUCCGAAAAGUCCAACCACAGAGUCCAAGGUGCUCUGCAGUCUGCACAGUGAGAAAUUCAGGCUGUUCUGUCUGGAGGAUAAAGAGCCCAUCUGUUUGGUGUGUCAGGUCUCAAAGAAACAUAAAGCUCAUGACUGCAUCCCUGUAGAUGAGGCUGUACAGGAUCACAAGGAGGAACUCCAGACUGACCUGAAGCCCUUACAGGAGAAGCUGAAGGUCUUUAAUGAAGUCAAACAAACCUGUGAUCAAACAGCAGUGCACAUUAAGAGCCAGGCCCAGCACACAGAGAAGCAGAUUAAGAAGGAGUUUGAGAAACUUCACCAGUUUCUACGAGAGGAAGAGGAGGCCAGGAUAGCUGCUCUGAAAGAGGAAGAGAAACAGAAGAGUCAGAAGAUGAAGGAGAAGAUUGAGCAGAUGAACAGAGAGAUUUCAUCACUUUCAGACACAAUCAGAGCCAUAGAGGGGGAGCUGAAAGAUGAAGACAUCUCAUUCCUGCAGAACUUCAAGACCAUGAAGGAAAGAGCCCAGUGCACAAUGCCGGAUCCACAACUGGAGUCAGGGGCGCUGAUAGACGUGGCCAAACACCUGGGCAACCUGAAGUUCAGAGUCUGGGAGAAGAUGCAGGGCAUCGUCAAACACACUCCUGUGAUUCUGGACCCCAACACUGCAUCCCCCUGGCUCUCUCCGUCUGAUGAUCUGACAAGUGUGAGUAAGACUGGCCCAAAGCAGCAGCUCCCUGAAAACCCAGAAAGAUUCACAAUGUACACAUCUAUUCUGGGCUCUAAGGGGUUCAGCUCAGGUAAACACAGCUGGGAGGUGAAGGUGUGGGACCAUCCUUUCUGGGUUAUGGGCGUGGCUAAAGAGUCAGUUGACAAGAAAGGGGAGCAGAAUGCAUCACCAGAGUAUGGAAUCUGGGUUAUAGUGAAAAGGAGUGGUGAGUAUAGUAAUGUAAUGGGAGAGACCCUCCUCCUGAAGAGGAUACCCCAGAGGAUCAGAGUGCAGCUGGACUACGACCGGGGGGAGGUGUCCUUCUACGACUCCAAAGACAUGACACUCAUCUACACUCAUAAAGACACAUUCACUGAGACGCUCUACCCAUACUUCUCUAUUGGAUCAUCUGGUGAUGCCAAAAGCACUGGUGUACAGAUCUGCCAAUCAGAGGUGUUUCUGACAGUGAAGUCAUCCCAAUGAAGUUGUGUGUGUGUGUGUCUGUGUCUCUCUCUCUCUCUCUCUGUGUGUGUGUGUGAGACCGAGAGAGAGAAACAUUAGUCAACUAUACUCAUACUUUUUAUUCUAAAUGUGCCUCAUCAGCAACUUGCAGCCUUUUUCCACAAAUUCUCUGUCCCUCCCCAGGGCUCACCAUCUAGUCAGUGAUAAACUAAUAUGGACAGGGCCGUAACUACAUAUGAGGACACCUAGGUCCGGACCUCUGUCAUUUUUUCUAAUGAAAAAACUUUUGGGGUCUCAACUUACUGUUGAGAGUUAGAAUAGUAGAAUACACAAGGUGACAUUUAGAUACGUACUGUAGUUGUGCAUCAGCAGUUUUCAUCCUGUUAUAUGUCACUCACUGACAGUCACUCAAUUAGCCCGUGUCAGUUAAAAAUGUUUUGAUUGGUAAAUUAGUCUACUUAGUCUCGUCAGCUAUCUAAACUUGUUGACAUCUUGGCCGACUUGCUGACCGGGUAUGCAGUGCACAUGCCCAGGGGCCCUGUCCUACAGGGGGCCCCAAUUGAUUUUGCAGUCACUUUCACUCAGAUAUCAUAUUAACAUUGAAUAAUUCAUCGCUAAAUGUGUAGAAUUGCAGGAAAUGUGCUUUAAACUACCAAAAUGUCUCCCCAUCCCAUGGCAAAAUGUGUAGAGUUGCAGGAAAUUAGCUGUAAAACUACAAAAUAAUUGUUUUGUAAAGCAAACUUAUGUUUUCUUUUUGUUAAUAAAAAACAUUUUCUGUUAACAGA